UGACGCGAGCGGGGCGCGGGCAGGAUGGGGCGGUGAGGGGCGGCCGUGCCGGACAGCCCGCGGCAGCCGCGCCGGGCCCCGAGCGAGCCGAGCGGGCGGUGGUGAAAAAGACAAUAUCAAGAUGAGCAAAAAGCCUCCAAAUCGUCCUGGAAUCACAUUUGAGAUUGGUGCUCGUUUGGAGGCACUGGACUAUUUGCAAAAAUGGUAUCCAUCUCGAAUUGAGAAGAUAGAUUAUGAAGAGGGGAAGAUGUUGGUGCAUUUUGAACGCUGGAGCCAUCGCUACGAUGAGUGGAUUUACUGGGACAGCAACAGGUUGAGACCUUUGGAGCGACCAGCUUUGAGGAAAGAGGGCCUGAAGGAUGAUGAAGAAUUUGUUGAUUUUAAACCUGGAGAAGAAGUCCUAGCUCGUUGGACAGACUGUCGAUAUUACCCUGCAAAGAUUGAAGCAAUUAAUAAAGAGGGAACAUUCACAGUGCAAUUCUAUGAUGGUGUCAUUCGAUGUCUUAAAAGGAUGCAUAUCAAAUCUAUGCCAGAGGAUGCAAAAGGGCAGGCGCGCGAGAGGGAGCAGAUAGCGCCGGAGCUGAGAUUAGUGACGGAAAUCGAACCAAAAGAAGAUUGGAUAGCUUUGGUCAAAGCUGCUGCUGCUGCAGCAGCAGCCAAGAACAAAGCAGGAAGUAAACCUAGAACCAGUGCAAACAGCAAUAAAGAUAAAGAGGACAGAAAAUGGCUAAAAGUCCCUUCAAAAAAGGAAGAAACGUCAACCUCUACAAUCAUGCAGGAAGUCCAAAAAAAGGAAGAGGAGCCUACAUCUAGUGACACAUUUGAAGUAGGAUUUCCUGUAGUGGAUGUUCCAAAGAUGGCCUUUGUGCAGGCAGAGAGCACGUUAUCACACAAGAGGAAAAGUAAUCUAGGCAACUCAUUUCAGGCAAAGAGAGCUCGCCUAAACAAGAUCACUGGUUUAUUGGCAUCCAAAGCUGUUGUUGCAGAUGGUGCUGAAAAAAAGGAAGGCAACAAAGAAACAGCUCCAGUCCUGGAGCAGGAGAUUUCACCUAAACCACAAAGUCAGAAAAAAAAUGAAGCUGAUAUUAGCAGUUCUGCCAACAUUCAGAAACCUGCACUGUUAUCCUCAACUUUGUCUUCAGGAAAGGCUCGCAGCAAGAAAUGCAAACAAGAAUCUGGAGAUUCUUCCGGGUGUAUAAAGCCCCCUAAAUCACCACUUUCCCCAGAAUUAAUACAAGUCGAGGAUUUGACGCUGGUCUCUCAGCUUCCUUCUGCUGUGAUAAAUAAAACUAGUCCAUCACAGCCAGUGAAUUCCCCUAGAUCCUACAAACAUAGCCAACGGAGAAGAAGAUCACAGCGUUUAGCCACUUGCUCCUUGCCUGAUGAUUCUGUAGAAAAAGUUUCUUCUCCCUCUUCAAUUACUGAUGGAAAAGUGUUCUCCAUCAGUGGUCAAAACCAACAGUCAUCAAAAUUGGAGGUACCUGAUGUUGCUCAUGUGUCACUUGAGAAGCGUGGACCAUGUCUCCCUCUUGAUUUAAGCCGUAGUUCGGAAGUUACAGCACCAUUAUCUGCAGAAUCCACUUUCUGUAAUGAAUAUUCCAGUAAAGACAAGGAAGAUAUUCAGAUGAUUACAUAUCUUCCUUCCAAAGCAGUAACUGAUGGAAGAGUAGCUACAACAGCAUCAGCACCCUCGUCCCAUGUACAUGCCUUGCAUCUGGAAAUGCCUUUAACCAAUAGUCUCAAGUUACCCAAAGGGAAUAGUAAAAAAAAGAGGUCUUCCACAUCAGUGAGCUCUGAAGGGACAGAGAUACAGUGCUCUGUGCCCAUAAAGGAGAAAUGUUUUGAGAGUCUGAAGGAGAAAAUAUUAAAGAACGUGAUUGAGAAGGACAAGCAUUCAGAAGUUGGUGCAGCUAGAAUGGAAAGAAAAGGAAAACUGGAAGAGAAAAGUUCUUCAGCAUAUGGUAAAAAAAAAGAAAAAGAAAAGGAGAAAAAGGAAAAGAAGGAAAAAGAUCAUAAACCAAAACAGAAGAAGAAGAAGAAAAAAAAGAAGAAAUCAAAACAGCAUGAUUACUCGGAUUAUGAAGACAGCUCUGUUGAAUUCCUGGACAGGUGCUCCUCUCCCUUAACGCGCUCCUCGGGCAGCUCUCUGACCUUGCGCAGUAUGUUCUCAGAGAAGAACACCUCAUACCAGUAUCCAAGAGCCAUCCUGUCUGUUGACCUUAGUGGAGAAAACCUUUCAGAUGUGGAGUUCUUGGAUGAUUCUUCCACAGAGAGUUUGUUACUUAGUGGUGAUGAAUACAAUCAGGAUUUUGAUUCAACUAACUUUGAAGAGUCUCAGGAUGAAGAUGAUGCUCUCAAUGAAAUUGUUAGAUGCAUUUGUGAACUUGAUGAAGAAAAUGGCUUUAUGAUUCAGUGUGAAGAAUGCUUGUGUUGGCAGCACAGUGUAUGCAUGGGACUGUUGGAGGACAGCAUUCCAGAGCAGUACAUCUGUUACAUCUGCAGAGAUCCGCCAGGACAGAGGUGGAGUGCCAAAUAUCUCUAUGACAAAGACUGGCUAAACAAUGGACACAUGUGUGGAUUAUCAUUUUUGAAAGAGAACUACUCUCAUCUUAAUGCCAAAAAGAUCGUGUCAACACAUCACCUACUGGCAGAUGUAUAUGGGGUAACUGAAAUUCUGCAUGGACUGCAGCUGAAGAUUGGGAUACUGAAAAAUAAGCAUCACCCAGACCUUCAUCUCUGGGCUUAUUCAGGGAUGAGAAAAGAACAAGAACAAAGAACUGCUGGGGUAGAGAAAAAGUUAGUGACUUUGCAGGAUGCUGUUAAUCCAGCUGAAAGGACGUGUCAUAGUCAAAACCAUAAAGAGCCACCCAGUAUACCCCAGAAGAUGGAAGAAACAUACAUCACAAGUGAGCACAGUUACCAAAAACCACAGAGUUUUAGUCAUGACUACAAAGCAGUCACUGACCCUAUGAGCUCAGAUGAUGAAGACACAAGUAGCUUUGAGGAAGAUCAGGAAUAUCACACAGAGAAUAAAAACUGUUUACAAUAUUCUUUUAAAGAUGGUGGCAUGAAUGAGCAGAAUUCUGCUGAAGGAAACACUGUGUUUGUUUGUAAUGAAAGAAAAGGCUCAGAAGAACAAGUGGACACACAUCUUCAAUGGCAGCUAAAUCUCCUCACCCAUAUAGAGAAUGUACAGAAUGAAGUCACCAGCAGAAUGGACCUGAUUGAAAAAGAAGUUGAUGUUUUAGAAAGCUGGCUUGAUUUCACUGGAGAACUGGAACCACCAGAUCCUCUGGCAAGAUUGCCUCAGCUCAAGCGACGUAUCAAACAGCUCUUAAUCGACAUGGGAAAAGUACAGCAGAUAGCAACACUUUGCUCUGUAUGACAAAAGGAAGAAUAUAGAAGUAAAAAUAGGUUCUUUACAAUGCAUUUUCUUAUUAGCCACAAGACUGACAGGAAGACAGCAAAAAGCGGAGCAUUUAUCCGGUUCUUUGCUGAUUACAUUAAUAGGCUGAAGCUUUAGAAAGAAGAGAGGAAGUUUAGAGUCAGGAAUCUGUUGUAUUGAAAAUAUGAAUAUUCAAUGUCUGGGCUUCAAAAUUAUAUAUAAUAUACUUAGAAAUGUUUAUUUCUCAGGAUUUUAACAUGUUGAACAAGUAAAUCCCCAGAUACAAGAAAAUCCAACAAACAAAAACUCUUCGACGAGCAGUGCUACUAUUUUGAAACCCUUGGCAAACAUUUCUAAAUUAGCAGAAUUCAGCUGACUAAAAAUGCAAUCCUCUUAUCUUGCUAGUGAAAGAUAGAUACAGAGAGUGCUGUAUCUUCUCUACAAGGAAGGUUUUUAGAUUAUUUCUUUCUCUUACGAGUGUUCAGGAAACCAAACAUACUAGCUUUGAUUUUUGAAAAAAAUUACUUGUCAUGGUCUCCCUUUUAAAGUAUUUUUUUAAAUAGAAAUCCCUAGAACAGCACCCCUAGGCCCCUUUAAAACAGAAGUGGAAAAUAGUGGUCAGAUGUGCCAAAUAAUAUUAAAAUCACUGGGAUGAGAGUUUAAUUAUGACUUAGGCGAAGGUUUUUUCCAAAGUCCUACUCGGUGCCAGCAGUCCAUCCAAAAUUGCAUCUACUUUAUAUUUUUUUAUGUUCUAUAGCAGUGUUCAGGAAUCAAGGUACAAUUUUUGUCCUGGGUAGCUCUAUUCUGAUGUUGGUCCUCUGAAAACUUCACCAUCUUCAGUGGGGAUGAGGAAUGACAAGAGCAGCAAAACUGUCUGUGGCUGUGGCAAUUCUAAACCAUUAGAGGCAAAAAUCACAAGAUACCUUAUCCAAGUUGUUUUUAUAAAAUUUUUCAGCUUCAGUGAAUGAAAUGUCAUGAAACCAAAGGCAACCUACCUGCUCUGUUAGCUCUUGCUGGAUUUUGAGCCCAGGACUUCUCCUGUGCUGAUAAGUUGCCGCUGUACCCAGUGCUACAUCCGUGUCUGUGUGUGUAUGUAUAUGUGCAUAGCUAUGUGUACAUAUAUACAUGCCAUACACAUUUCUAUCUACACAUGUCUAGUUUUCUUACCAUAGACUACAAGAACUGGUGGUUCAUAUUACCUUUUAACAAGCAGUUUCUAAAAUUGAAAAUAAUGUAUGUACAGGUUUUGAAAUUUGUAAAAUAUGACUGUUAAAAGGAGGCUAUUUAACUGAGGACAUUAAGAUACUUGAACAUUUUAUGCCUCAUGUCUGUUUAUCAGUUCUAGUUAUCUGUAUAAAUGCAUUUUAGAACCGAUAGACAGUAAACUUGAAUUUACCUUUUGAUAAGAGUACAAGCCACUGUACAUUCAAAAAUUAUUUAAAUUUGCAAACACACUGUUCUAUAUGUAAGGUACUGUAUGUAAAACUGUUUAUUAAAACUAUUCUGCAUACUCUAUAUUUUCCACUUUUCUUCCUGAUCUACAUACAAAUGUAAAAAAGAAGUGAUUGUUAUUAUGUACAGACCAUCAAAAAAUCUUGGAAUGCCUUUUAAGGAUGCAUACAACUGAAAAACGUGCCAAAGAUGGAUUAUCUGGGAAAGACUUUGCAGCUAGUGCAUUGAAUUUUCAUGAUAAAACCAUUAUUGAGAAAGAAAGCAGCAUGGCUGGUUCAUUGCUAAAGUAAACCUACCCUGACCUUUCCUCUCUGUCAUACCUGAAGUGAGUUAUCACUCCUGAUGGCCAAAGCAAAAUGUAAACCCCUGUUACAGAGUGGUUGCUACUUAAAAAGUCUUCCCACAUCAAGCUUGUAGGAGACAUCACAGAGAUGCACGAAAACGUGGAAUUAUGGAAUGGUUGGCAACUCCAUAAUGCAGAAAGAACAUUAGAGCUGUGGAGUUGUUGACAUUUUAUAGCAACUGUUAAUAAGUACUCUGUGUUAUAUAGAUGAUGCUUAAAUAACUGCUUCAAACAUGAAUAGUUGGGUGACCUACUUGCUUUUGGAUAUGUGAGACAUUUUUAUAGACUAUUCACUUGCUGCAUAUCCUUGAAUGUGGUACUGUGUGUACUGUAUAAGAGAAGUGUAAAUCCAGAUGAAUUACUUUGAAACAAAGUGGAGUGUAUUUACAGAAUUUAUACAGCAUACACUGUAGCAAUAUUAUGCAAUGUGUGUGCAUGUGUGUGAUGUAAUAUAAUUGUAAAUGUUACUAAAGGUGGAGGUGGACUUGGAAAGUUCAGGGGGGAGGACAGAGGUUUUAUUCUUACUACAGAGAUGGAGGAAUGGUAUCCUGAAAAGGAAAUCCUAAGGUCGAAGUUGAAGUUGCCCUUGCAGCUUUAAUAUGUCUUCUGUUUGUAUGUGUAAUGCCCUCUUUAUUUACACAAAUAUGUAAUUUUACCCCUCAAGAUCCUGCCUUGUUCAGGAUGGACUGUGCUUACAAAAACAAUCUGUUCAGUAUUUUUUUUUAAUGUUCAUUGUGUAGUCAUGUAUUAUAAAAAGUCUCCUGCAAUCAUUCAUAUCUUCUAAGAAAUACAAUCUCAGUGUCCGUAUGGACCGUGCUAUGUAUGAUA